GGGGACCGACUGUCUUUUGUGAAAUGUGUGUGAGUCUUUUUUUCUCUACUCGUUUUAGGAUUUGCUGGUUGGUGACAUGCCUCCCUCCGCCUGGCUCCUUAUAGCGCCGGACCGGGUAGGGUUAGGGGAGGUAGGAAUUCUAGCCGAGUCGAAUGGUACGGACAUCGCCGACAGAGACCGCAAACACGGAGCGCUCCCUUUUAACACGGUCUUAUGACUGAGAACCCGCUCAAUCAGCUGGCUACUCGAGGAGCAGACAGGAGUAGCCUACAAACACCGGGAGAGGAGAGGUGAGAGGAACAUUACAAGCUCUCCAGUGACAGUGAUAGCAGGCGUUUGUGGACAUCGGAUAUUUGGCGAUAACUGCCUGGAAUUGGAACAGAAAACCAAAAGUAAUUGUAGUCUUUCUCUGUACCUGUCUUCCAGUGACCCCAUCUCUGCGGACCCGCCCACUCUGACAUCAUCAGCUGUAUUUUACCUUUGACCCUGCACCUCCAAGGCCAUGUGUCGCCUGUCGAUGACCUCACUAUUCGUCUGCUUCUGGUUGGUGGGGAGGGGUCAGUGUGACGCUAGCUUUCAGGACUCCAUGGGAGAGCUGCACACGGAGUUCGCCGUCAGCCUCUACCAAACGCUCAAAGAGACAGAGAAUAACUCCAACCUGAUCGUGUCGCCGCUGAGCGUCUCACUGUCCUUGGGACUUCUGCAGCUGGGCGCCCGCGGCAACACGCUGGCACAACUGGAGGCGGCACUGGGAUAUGACGUCAACGACAUGCAUGUGCAGGACUUCCUGUUGCGGUCGCAGGGGGACGUGGGUAACUCCAGUCACGGGGUGCGGCUCCAGCAGGCCUGCACCCUAUUCAUCCAGACCGGCGUCCAGCUCCUUCCUGUUUUUACCCAGCAUGCAGCAGCCCUGAGCAACAACAGUCUGGUCCGAGCCAACUUCAGUCAGCCCAACCACACCCACAGCCAGCUGCAACAGUGGGGACGCAACCACGGCACCGGUGAGCCGCUCCAGUCCGGUGGCAGCGGGGAGCUGUUUGGGUCUGGCGAGGCCCAGGGAGAGGCCUCGUUGUGGGGCAAGCGGCUGCAGAUGGCCCUGGUCAACACAGUAAACUUCCGGGGAGUGUGGCAGAAACAGUUCCUCUUCACUGAUACCCAGAACCUUCCCUUCACCCUGUCGGACGGCAGCACCAUCAAGGUGCCCAUGAUGCACCAGGCCACAGAGGUCAACUUUGGUCAGUUCCGUACCCAGUCGGACCAGCGUUACACAGUCCUGGAGCUGCCGUACCUGGGCCACUUCCUCAGUCUGCUGGUGGCUCUGCCCAGUGACAGGAAGACACCUCUGUCCUCGCUGGAAUCCCAGAUAACAGCCCGCGCUGUGGCCACUUGGGAAACUGGCCUCCGCAGAACCAAGAUGGAUGUCUUCCUCCCUAGGUUUAAAAUGCAGAAUAGGUUCAACCUGAGGUCGGUUCUGCCGUCAAUGGGGGUCAGCGACGCCUUCAACCCAAUGGCGGCAGACUUCACUGGCAUCUCAGCAGAGGAAGGCCUGUAUGUGUCAGAUGCCUUUCAUGAGGCCAGGAUCGAGGUAACAGAGGACGGGACCAAGGCAGCUGCAGUAACAGCUAUGGUGCUACUCAAACGAUCCCGAGCUCCCGUCUUCAAAGCAGACAGACCUUUCUUCUUUCUCCUGCGACAAGUCAGCACAGGAUCUGUUCUAUUUAUGGGGCGUGUGGUGAAUCCAGCUGAACAGGCACCCUAAGACCUCCUCCACCACCCUAGGACCUCCUCCACCACCCUAGGACUCCCUCCACCACCCUAGGACAUCCGCAACCACCCUAGGACCCCCUUGCCCCCAUCCUAGGACCCCUUACCCCCCCACCCCACCACCACCCUAGGAACCCUUACCCCCUCCACCACACCACCCUAGGACCCCUUACCCCCUCCACCACACCACCCUAGGACACCCUCUACCACCCUAGGACCACCUCCACUACCUUACCCCCACCACCAAGCUCGGACACCCUUACCCCCUCCACUACCCUA